AAAUGCAAGGAGAUUGUGGACUCUAGGAAAGUGUUUGAUGGAAUGAGGAAGAGAAACACAGUCACUUGGACUUCCAUUAUAGCAGGGUAUGCUCGGAAUGGACUUAGUGAGGAGGCCAUAAGUCUAUUUCGGAUAAUGAGAAGACGUAAAAUACUUGCUAACAACUUGACCAUGGUGAGCAUCCUCAGGGCAUGUGGCUCGGUUGGAGGUUUGGCGUUGGGAAAGGAAGUUCAUGCUCAAUUAGUCAAGAAUUCAACUCAAAGCAAUAUUUACAUAGGAAGCACUCUUGUGUGGCUCUAUUGCAAAUGUAGGGAGUACUCUGUUGCAUCCACGAUCCUCCAAGAAAUGCCUUUAAAAGAUGUAGUCUCGUGGACUGCCAUGAUUUCUGGUUGUGCAGGUCUUGGCCACGAAUCCGAGGCUCUUGAAUUCUUGAAAGAAAUGUUAGGGGAAGGUGUUGAGCCAAACCCAUUUACCUAUUCAUCUGCUUUGAAAGCUUGUGCCAAACUAGAAAAUAUUCAUCAAGGGAGAUUGAUCCACUCCUCUGUGAACAAGACCCCAGCCUUCUCUAAUGUGUAUGUGGGCAGCGCUUUAAUUUUUAUGUAUGCAAAAUGUGGGCAUGUUUCGGAGGCAAUUCAAGUUUUUGAUAGCAUGCCAGAACGGAAUUUGGUUUCUUGGAAAGCUAUGAUUAUGGGUUAUGCAAAGAAUGGGUUAUGCCGAGAGGCUUUGAAGCUCAUGUAUCGAAUGCAAGCAGAGGGAGUUGAGGUGGAUGAUUACAUACUUACAACGGUUCUUACUGCUUGUGGAGAUGUUGAUUGGAAUGUGGAGCCUGCACCUAAGCAUUGCUUGCAGUUGACUUGAUCUUUCAUGAUAACAGAAUUCCAGUUUUUGAUUUGGAAUUCUGAAUGGAAUCGUAGAU